GGGCGGUGUCUGUCCAUGUGUCCGUGUGUCCGUCCCAGAGCCCACACGGUUAACGCGGGCCCGGCCCGGCCCCCCCCGGCCAUUGGCUCCCCCCUCGCAGCCCGCAGCUAUUUCUCGGCCGCCGGGCGCCGAGGUGACAGCAGGCGACAGCGGCGCUUGUCCCGGCCGCUCGCCCCGGGCUGUCGGGGGGUGCUGGCACCCCGCACCCCGCACCCAGCUAUGGGGGGCUGCUCCCGCAGCAGCUGGAUUUUGCCCCUUUUCUUGGCUGGGCUCGUCCAGCUGGGGCGAAGUGAGGAGAGGGAGAAGGUGGACUGCUACCACUCGGUGAACGACACCAUCUACAACUACGGGGCCCUGACCAUCGAUGGGGAUGAGUACAUCCCCUUCGAGAGGUACAAGGGGAAGACAGUGCUCUUCGUCAACGUAGCCACAUACUGAGGCCUGACACUGCAGUAUGUUGAACUGAAUGCACUACAAGAUGAGCUGAGAAACGAGGGGCUCGUGGUCCUCGGUUUCCCCUCAAACCAGUUUGGGAAGCAGGAACCUGGCCAGAACUCAGAGAUCCUCCCUGCGCUUAAGUAUGUCCGGCCAGGAGGUGGCUUUGUUCCGAACUUCCAGCUGUUCCAGAAAGGGGAUGUGAAUGGGGCCAAGGAGCAGAAGAUCUUCACCUUCCUGAAGAAUGCCUGUCCCCCGGUGGCGGAGGACUUUGGGAACCCCAACCGGCUCUUCUGGGAGCCUCUGCGGAACCAUGACAUCAAGUGGAACUUUGAGAAGUUCCUGGUGAGCCCCGAGGGCGUGCCCAUCAUGCGCUGGUACCAUCGCACCAACAUCGCUGUCGUGAAGAAAAACAUCAUGACCUACCUGAGGCGGCGGCAGCAGCAGGAGAACCAUGAUGAACAGCAGGACCAGUAGAGCCUCGGGCUGCUGGCAUCAGGGCCGGCAUCCCCCCGGCUGCUUCCCAUUCCAUUCCCUCCCCAGACGUUCCCCAGCAGCAGGAAUUCCCUGUUCCCUCCAUUGCUCCUGUCUCUGGCACCCCUCAGUAAGGAUGCUGGACUGAGGAUCUCAUGGCAGAGACCUCAGUGAUGGCAGUAAAUACUUCCAAUAUCUCUGUAUCCCACCUCCACCCCUGGUGGUGACACCCCCUGGCUUCCAGCCUGCCCCCUCCUCUCCACCAUCCCGGGCAGUGGGAGGAUGCAGGGGCUGGCUGUCCCUGGAGGAGACCACAUCUCCAUGAAGGCUUGGCCUGAAAGCCCCCAGCUGGGGCGGGCCCAGCCUGAGCGUGCCGAGCACGGAGCAGCUCUUCAGUGCAUUCAGGCUGCCCGUGGUCCUGGCACACAGACGUGCAGCUCUCCUGGUUGGGGGUGGCUGGCCCCUCACCAACCCACCAUAGAAACACUAAAUAAAGGCUCUGCAAAUGUGCA